ACUGUUGUCAAAAGCGUUCGUAAGUGCUAAUUAAAAAUAUGCACCAUCGUAACGAUUAACUAUGGGUAUAGAAAACAACUGGUCAAUUAUAUGAUACUGUGUAGUAUAUCAAUGAAAAAUGAAUCAUAUUAUGGUCUUGGGAACAGAUAAAAUUUUUAUGACUGGAAAUAAAACGAAGAAAAUUGUUGUAAAACUGACGUCAUUUUUGUGAUAACAUAACCUCAAGGAUUCUAUGGAAAAUUUAUUGAAUCAUAGAAGAUACCUAUUGUACCCAUAAUAAACAAUCAAUUGUAUAAAAAUAUAAUUAUGGCAGUAUCUCAUGUAUUUCGUAAUUAUUUAUCUAAAUUUAAUAUAACAACAACAAGAUUCUUCAGUAGAAUCAGCUCUAAAGGAAUUCAGAAACAAUGUCCAUCUUUUCUUUAUAUAUUAGGUGGAUCUACCACAUUAAUUUUUGCUUACAAGAUAAAGUCAAAUCAGACAGUGUAUGCGGCUCAACCUAAAAAUGAGGAAGAUGUAAAGGCGGUGAAAUUAACAUCUAGAGAAAAACGCUUUAUUAGAUUUGCUUCUGUUGAGUAUGAUGGUCAGUUAUAUAUGACACCCCAAGAUUUUCUCGAAUCAGUAGUUGAAGCUGAACCACGGCCUCGGUUGAAACGAAAAGUUUUAAAUCAAAAAGAGCUGGAAAAAAUUCGAGAAGCCACACCUUCCCUAAGUCAAGGGUCACCAAGAUUGUUUAGAAGCCUAAGAGAUAAAGGUAUUAUUUCAUAUACUGAGUACCUGUUUCUUCUGUCGAUAUUAACAAAACCAGAAUCUGGAUUUAAAAUUGCCUUUAAUAUGUUUGAUACAGAUGGUAAUCAGAGAGUUGACAAAAAUGAGUUUUUAGUGAUGGAGAAAAUCUUCAGCCAUGCUUGGAAAGGUAGGAGGGGUAUGACUAAUGAAAAUGAAGACGUGGCUACUAUACAAGAACAGUAUGUUGAUGAUGAGCAAGGACUUCAGAGAAAACAUAUCGUUGAUACCACACUUAUAGUUCACUUUUUCGGACCUAAGGGCAACAGCGACCUCAAUUUUGAAAGUUUCAAGAAAUUCAUGUUACAUUUACAAACGGAAGUACUUGAACUAGAAUUCAAUGAGUUUUCCAAGGGUCUUUCUACAAUUUCUGAGGUAGAUUUUGCAAAAAUAUUGUUGAGAUAUACAUAUUUAGACACCGACGAAUAUGAUAUGUAUCUGGAUAGACUACUAGAUAGAAUAAAAGACACAAAGGGGAUUACGUUUGAAGAAUUUCAUGUAUUUUGUCAGUUCUUGAAUAAUUUGGAAGAUUUUACGAUUGCUAUGAGAAUGUAUACACUAGCAGACCAUCCCAUAUCUAAAGACGAAUUUCACAGAGCCGUUAAAAUAUGCACAGGAACUAACUUGACUCAACAUAUAGUUCACACAGUGUUUGCCAUAUUUGAUGAUGAUGGUGAUGGACUUCUGAGCUAUAGAGAAUUUAUUGCCAUAAUGAAAGAUAGAUUGCAUAGAGGGUUCAAAUCUUAUGCCAAGAAUGAAGGUUGGGAAGCUUUCAAAUCAUGUAUCAAACAAGAAAUGAAAUCGCCUGUCUAAAACUAUUUGACAAUUACCAAAAAUUUUUGCAAAUGUGAACUAACAAUUUUUUUAAUUAUAUAAUGGAUUUAAAUCUC